ACAUUAAAAAAGAAAGAAAGAAAGAAAGAAAGAAAGAAAGAAAGAAAGAAAGAAGAAAGAAAGAAGAAAGAAAUUUAAAACCAUUUCAUCAUUUCCCGAAUACACAUUUCUUGGCAACUACUUCUGCUUCAAAGAUACUAUGCCUUCAUGUAUAUGCUUCACAAAAAAGUCUCCUUUAUAACAUGCAAACACGAGUAUCAGAAAACAGAUUAAACAGUCCCCAUUUUGAAUUUCUUCACAAUUUCCACUGUAAUGCUUUUCAUUUAUGCUUUUUUAAAGAAAGCUUGUGGCUGGACUUUUUUGGUGGGGGUGGGGGUCGGGAGGAAGCCUAGCUCCAAGAAAUGACCAGGAUCCACAUUCAGUGUUUUCAAAAUCACUGUAAAAUUAAAAUUGGGUUUUUUUUUCUUUUUCAGUUUCAUUUACUUUCACGUUUUGUUUUGUGCACAAACCAGUGCACAAACUGGUUUUCUGGUGAACCUGAAUACUAGAAUGUAAAUUCAAAGGGAAAAAAAUGACUGAAAAGAAAUCUGCAGUCACAGGUUCCUUUAAAGCUAUACAGAAGUGCCCUUACAAAAACAUGUCUUGUUUCUGGUGAAAUGGAUCCUUCUUUAUCUGACGUCAAGUGACUAAAUUAUUGUUUUCCUGAGAAAGACUCUUGGCUAGGAUUUCCAUUUGUCUUUAUAUUUGCUUAGUGAGAGGUGUCUGUGACUAUUCACUUUCACAAAACGAAGAAAAGCAGAGGAGAGAAUCCACGUCUUCAAGAGGCUAAAGGACAGAGUAUCGAAAUGGCCUGGAAAAUGUUCAAAAUUAACGUCAGAAAGUCAAAUGUUCACCUAGGGCUCAGCCGGGGAGAAACGAAAGAAAAAUCAAUAUGCAGCCAAAGAAUGGCUUCAUUUUUCUAGAAGGUGACCCUCCAAGAGAGUCCCUCAGCAACAGCCCCCGAGUUCCAGAAACUGUCCAGAAGCCUGAUGGUCAGCUUCAGCAUCUGUGUGGGACUCAGGCUUCUUGCCCAGUCUUUAUACCAGCAAAAUGCAUGCGGCAGUGGUGGUGACCAGCGUGACACUGCUCCUGAGCGUGGUGCGGGCCUCUCACUCUCUCUGCUCACCCACCAUUUUUUACAGAGACUGCUGGAUCCGUCGCUUUCCGGGUCUUCUGAUUGACCUGGAGGAGUCUCAGAAGCUGGGAGCUCAGUUCCUGAAGUAUUACUCUGAAGGCACUGGCCAGAAAUGCAGCAGGAGCUGCUGCCUUAGGAAGGAUGUUUCCUGUAACGUGGCUGUCUUCUACCAUGAUCCUAUUCACGACAAUGUCAACUGCCUCCAUAUUCACUGCCCAACAUUGGAGAGCUGUGUAUUAGAGCCUGGAACCAGUGCCAUUUUAUACAACAUAACAGAAGGUAUAGAUCCAGAUUUGCUGGUUUUUGAACAGUCACCUCCCGCAUAUCUAAAUACCCGUUCUUCAUCUAACACAGGGGACAGACUAAGGAUUCUAAAAGCUGCAAAUUUAGGUAAACAACAAAGCACCAUGAUAAACCCAAAGCUACCGUCAGUAGAGGCACCAUCAUCAAGCACACAUCGAGAUUUGGUUGUAAACACAAACAAGACCAGGUCUUCCAGGGAAUUAACCACGGAUUCUCGGGCAAGCUUCAUUUCCCUGAAUGACUCCAUUACCACAGAGGUAAAUAUGGUGUCACAGAGUACUGAUUUCAUCAACAAUACAGAUAACAAGACCGUUUCUCCUUUCUUUAUGCCAGUAGACACAAAACUUUUUCAUAGGCCUAUUCCAUCCAGACUCAACAGUAGCAAACAAUUACUGAACAAAACCAAGGGGUACAACAGCAGAAACCACACAUCUGAGAAUGAAGACGUGACACCUGAUGGGGCAUCUGUGACUCCAAAUAUGUGGCUGGCUCCAGUGGCCCUCUGUACCUCUGUCAUCUUUCUUUGCUGUUGUAUAAUCAUCUUGGCAUCUGGAUGCUGUAGAAAGCAGAGCCAGUCUAAACCAGGACAGAGAAACGUCAGGAUCCAGGCAAAUUAAAAAAAAAUAAUAAUAAUAAUAACACUCUGAAGGAGAACUCUUAAUAGUAAAAGUUACAGGGAGAUUGUAAGCUUUCAAGAGUAUCAUUUUUAUUUUCUGUAAGACAAGGGCAGUUUGGUUAAAAAAAAAAAAAAAAAAAACAAUUGCACAGGAUGCCCACUCCUACCAAUCUCUAAAAAAAGGCCAAUGCUUGAUAAAUUUAACUGCUUUUUAAAUUAUUUCUAUUUUUUGAAGUGUACCUUUUGCCAAAGUUCCAAAAUUCUGACCCCUGCAGUUAUUCAGCACUUCAUGAGAGAUAUGGUUCUAAGUGCUAUGCAUGUAUUCACUCAUUGAUUUCUUAUAACUUUAUGAGUUAGGUAUGCUUUUAUUAACCAUUAUAGUAUUAUUGUCACAUUUUACAGAUGAGGAAAAUGAGAAGAGAGGCUAACUAUCCUGCCUAAAGUCACACACCUAGUAAGUAGUGAAGCCAGGACCUAAAAGACAAUCUGGUUCAAAAGUUCAUGCUUGAAAUCACUCUCAGACUAAAAGCCUCCAUUUUCCCAAAGUGCGUGGAAAAAAGAUACAGAGAGGAGAAUACCUUAUAUGUCUACUGUCAGGGUCAGAUUAGUGUCAUCUAUGUUAAUAAAAUCUUGUAGUGGUUUGAACAGAAGAGCAUUAUUAUUAGUUACUAGCCCAUGUGCAAAUGCUUCCUAUUUUUAUAUAGGAAGGAUUUACUGUUCAAUUGAUUAAUUCUUUUUAAUCCUAGUUCAUCUUCAUUUUCUGAAGCUGACAUGGCUUUAAAUAACCUUGGUACUGGAAUCUUUGAGUUUUGUGUUGAUCUCUGUUGAAUAAAGCACGGAAGUUUUAGUUUACAUCCCUCACUUGUUUCUUAUACAUUGUUUCCCCAGGUACAAAUAUUAGCUGUAGAUAUUUCAGCUCUGUCCAAAUUUUACACCUGAUUUACCUCCCUAAAUCUUACAUUCAGACUCCUAAGUGCAGACACCUUUAAUCCAAGUCUCCACUGAUUUUAAACUUUAGGUCCUUAAUCUCAUUCCUGAAAUUCUUCCUAAAUGUGAGGACAGAUAUUAAGACAGCCAAUAAGCAUGAAGAAUAGAUAAGAGGAAAUCCUAUUAUAGGAUUAAUAAAAUAGUAGUUCUCUCUUCUGUUAAAACAAAUUGUCCAGUGGCUUAAGAGGUGGUUCUGUUUCUUUUUCUUGUUGUUGAUACUGUGUGUGGUGGUGGUGGUGGUGGGGGGGGAUGUCUAUUUCUUUUUUAAUGUAAAAAAAGAAAUAUACAAAAUCUCUACCAGUGGCAUAUUAGCCACAAAUAAAAGUCUGAAAAGAAAAAAAAAAAAAACUCUGAAAAAAGUCUGGAAAAAAAUUCACCAAUUUAUCCUUACUCGCUAGUCAUGAAAUUAAAUAUCAUAACUUUCAUCAAUUUCAUUCCUAAUUCAUUAGGAAAAAGUCCCAUACUAUGUAGGGAGGAUAUAAAGAUUUAAAUUAUCCUUAAAUUAUAUUUAAAUAAUUCAAGAUGCAGUCUUUAAAUCUUAUUUGUACAUACAAUCUUGUAAAAGGUUAUUUAGUUUUUUAAAAAAAUAUAUACAAGUUGUUUAAAGGUUUUGUGAAAAACUAGGGCUGCUAGAAAAAGUUUUUUCUUCCUAGAGAUUUCUCAGAAUUGGCUCAUUCUCCAAAAUUGAUAGUUUUAUAGAAAUGACCAUCAUUUGAGAAAAAAUAUUUAUCCUUGUAAGAAAACAAACUCACACUCCUCUUCUUCAGCCACUACCUUUGACCAUGAGAUAAACUGAGUAAAUUUAGACCACAGAUGUUACCAGCACAGAGUCAGCCAGGAAGCAAAAACUGGCAGGCCUAGAAACCAUGUCCUUCCUGGAAGCCAAAAGGACCAAAGAGAACAUGUGAAUAGAAUUUAAACCUUUCUUAAGAAACAAAGAUUCUCAAGGUCCAGUUAACCACCAAGGCCAAGAUUGUUACACUCAAUUGCAAAGUAACCAUGAUACUGAAAUCUUUCCAACAUUGUAACGAGCCAGACCUCUUUUAAAAAAGUCUGUAAUUGUCUAGGAUCAUGAAAUACUUACCAAUGUUAGGAAGAAUGUAUGCAAAGAAAGAACUAACACAUGCUACAAUUAAGAAAACAGAUUUGUCCUAUUUCUUAGUUGCCUAUGUGUUUAAGCAACUUCUUAGUUAUGUAACUUUUAAGAGUUUGAAGUCAGCAGUGACUAUCAAUGUAGCAAAUAUCCCCUAGACUCUUCAUUAUAAGGAUAAAUAUGUUCAUGUUCAUUGUAUAUAUUGGAUCAAAGGAACAAAGAUCUGA